GACUAUGAUUUCAAAAAAAGGAAUAGCAAUCAAAUUUGUUGUUCUUCUUCUUUCAUGUGUGUUUGUUUCAGGAGACGCAGAAGUGAGAUGCACAGAGAGUGAGAGAGAAGCUCUUCUCAGCUUCAAGAAUGGCCUUAUCGAUGAACAUGGUAUGCUCUCGUCGUGGCGAAGCAAUUAAUGCUGCAAAUGGCAUGGUGUUGAGUGCAGCAACACCACUGGCCAUGUCAUCACCCUCCAACUUAAUAAAGUCGGUUAUGAAGACGAUGAAUUGCAAAGUGAGGUUCGUUCUUCAUUGGUUGAGUUGCUUCAUUUAAUUAGUCUUGACUUUAGUAUGAACGAUUUUGGAGGCAUUCCAAUCCCACAAUUCAUUGAUUCCAUGAAACAAUUACAACACUUGAAUCUUAGUUGGUCUAACUUUUCUGGGACCAUUCCUCCCCAAUUAGGGAACCUUACCAAUCUACGCUCACUCGAUCUCUCACAUAACUCUUUGAGUUCCAAAUCUCUCACAUGCUCCAUUCCUCUAAGUAUUGGUCAACUCUCGGAGCUUCAAGUUCUAGAUCUUUCUUAUAACUCAUUGGAGGGUUUAGUCUCUGAGUCCCACUUCAUCAAGCUUGAUAAGUUAAAGUCACUAGAUUUAUCCUUCAAUCCAUUAUUGAUGUUGGAUUUUGCCCCUGAUUGGAGUCCUCCUUUUCAGUUGAAUUAUAUAUAUUUAGGUGGGUGCAACUUGGGCUCAUUUCCAAAAUGGAUUCAAACUCAAAUGAAUUUGUCAUACCUUGAUCUCCAUGGUGCCAAUAUAUCAGAUGAAGCCCCAAGGUGGUUGUGGAAUAUGUCUUCUUCAUUGCAUUACUUAUAUCUCUCCGACAAUCAAAUAAGUGGUACGGUUUUAAAUCUCUCAUCAACCUCCAUCAAGAUCAUAGAUCUUAGUUACAACCAAUUCUCAGGUCAUAUACCACCAUUUCCUGUCAAUGCUUCUAUUAUUUUAUUGAGUGGAAAUAUGUUCUCUGGUUCGAUUUCAUCUAUUUGCAAAACUCGCCAAGAGAGCCUUUACUACCUUGAUCUCUCCAAUAAUCAGUUAGCAGGAGAGGUUCCCAUCUGCUGGGAGAAAAUGUCCAACUUGGAGACCCUUAAUUUGGCCAACAACAGUUUUUCGGGUGAAAUUCCUCUCUCUUUGGGCGAUUUACAUUAUCGCAGGAUACUACAAAUGCAAGGUAAUAAUUUAUCUGGUGGAUUGCCUAAAAGUUUGAGACUUUGCCGAAGAUUGAUAUUCAUUGAUGUCAAAGGAAACAAGUUAACAGGAAAUAUCCCCACUUGGAUUGGCCAGCUGAAUAGAAUGUUCUUUCUAAACCUUCAUGGAAAUAGAUUUGGUGGCAGUAUUCCUCCCGAGAUAUGCAAUCUUACUAAUAUCCAAGUUCUGGAUUUGUCAAUAAACAAUCUAUCCGGUAUUAUACCUGAUUGUUUCAACAAUUUUACUUUCUUGUCUAGUAAAGAUGAGUCCAUAAACCUAAGUCCACCUCGAUAUAUUUUUGAUCGAACGUUAUAUGUCGGCUUAAAGAACAUAAAUCUUUUACCUCAUAUUGAGCACUACGGUUAUUCAUCACUUCAAUGGAAAGGCAAGGAAUAUGAGUAUUGGGAAAAUCUCGUGCUUCUCAAACUCAUUGAUUUUUCAAGCAAUAGAUUGAGCGGAAACAUCCCCAAAUCAUUUUCCUCUAUGAAAGGAUUAAUAUCCUUGAAUCUAUCAAGAAAUAGUUUAACAGGAUAUAUAAUUCCAGAUAUUGGUAAUUUGGAGGUGCUAGAUUCUCUUGAUCUAUCUCAUAACCAUCUUUAUGGCAAGAUACCUACAAGUCUGGCAGAAAUACACACUCUUGGUGUUCUUGAUUUGUCGAGCAACAAUUUAUCUGGAAAAAUUCCAACGGGUACUCAACUCCAGAGCUUCAAUGUUUCGUCUUACACGAAGAAUAAUGGACUAUGCGGCGACCCUCUACCACUGUGCCCCGAAGAUAGCUUGAGGCCAUCCACCACUAAUCCGGUGGAAAACAUGAAUAAGAAAGACGGUAGCAACUUCUCAUUUAUGCAAGAAGUUGGGAUAUCAAUGGGCUUUGGUUUUAUCUUUGGAUUUUGGGGAGUUAUUGGCUCAUUCAUACUGAAGAAAUCAUGGAGAAUUGCAUUCUUCAAGUUGUUCGAUGCUACUAGAGAUUGGUUCUACGUCAGGGGAUUGUUGUGUUUGUAUCCAAAUGGAGACAAAGCUGAAAUGCAGCGUUGAAACUACAUGCUCUAGAUUUGAAUCAAGGUGCACAAAAUCCAGGUUUGUGAUCUUUCUUUGUUUUACUGCAAUCUGAAUUUUUUUCUUCUCUUAUUAUGUAAGGGUCUAUGUAAUAUUACUAUGUUUUCAGUAUUUUUACUUUCAUUUGCAAACUUAUGUUGAUGAUUGGUAUGUAUUUGAUUCAAAUAAAUUUAU